AUGGCACCGAAACGCACCCAUGAUGGCGAUCCAGCUCCAGUAUCAAAAUCCGAGCACGCAGUCAAGAAACGCAAGGGCUUCAGCGUCGGACCAGCGAACCUGCCCGAUGGCACUUAUCGACGAAAGACUCAAAAGAUCAAAAAUGACCUGAUCCAAAAAGCCAAAGUAAAGAAAGCCUACGCAAAGAUUAAAGCCCAAGAAGAAGCAACCGCACCCAAAAAGUCCGUCUACGACACCUACGUUGAAGAGGACGCCGAAAGAGAAAAGAAGGAUGAAGCCCCGACGGAAGCUGCCACAACUUUGGAACUUCACCCGGAUCGUGUCGCCAUGUUGAACGAGCCCGAGCCUGAACCCGCGCCUGCGCGCGCACCUAGACCGGAACGCCGUCCAAGGGAAGAGGGUCGCAGGGAGCGCAGACCUAAGCCGUCGGCGUUUUCGAAGGAGAUUGAGAUUGCUGAGGCACGGAAGAGAGCGGCUGAGAAAAGGGAGAAGGAUCGGCAAGCAAAGCAGAACGAGCGGGAGGCUAUGCUUCGGGCCAAGCGACCUGAUCAGUUUGGAAAGAGGCGACUAGGAAGGGAGAGUAAUGCGCUUUUGAGUCGGGUGCAGCGGAUGGUUGGUCAGAAUUAG